AACAAAAGUGUGUUGGACUCAAAGUCCAGUGCCAAGGAAAUACUGCUCCUACUUUUACUUUACAUUUACUAAUACUGAUUCCAUUAGUUUCCUGAGUGAAGAAACAUUCAGCAUGUUGACUGACGUGGCACGAUGAUGUUGAAAGGCAGCAAGUGGAUUCUUCAGCUGGCUUCUAUUAGCGUGUUUGUGCAGGUACUAGCAUGCUCCUCAAGAUGUCAGAUCUACGGCCCUGUAGCUGCUUGUCAUGGACAGAACCACCUGUGGGUGCCGGCUCUGCCCCCAAACAUCAGCCACCUCUACUUAGAGCUCAACUACAUCAGCGAGAUUAACAGCACAUCACUAGAAAAUUUGGAGCAGCUGCUGGAACUAGACCUUGGGAAGCAGUUUGUGCCGCUUGUAAUUCGAAAUAACUCUUUUUUCAGUCAGACAAAGUUGACACGUUUGGUUCUGGGUAGCAAUCUUGGCCUGAAACUGGAGCUCCGAGCUUUUGCAGGGCUGGUCCAUUUGAAACACCUCUUUAUGGACAACUGCCGCUUGACAGACUCCAUAAUGUCGGACAGAUAUUUGGAGCCACUUUUGUCCUUAGAAUUGCUCAAUCUUUUUGGAAACACAAUACGAAGACUAAAACCUGGACUUUUCUUUCUCGGUCUGUCAAAGUUGACACAGGUGGACCUCAAGCUGAAUGAGAUUGAACGACUAUGCGAGGGAGAUCUCGUUAGUUUCAGCGGGAAAUACUUCACACACUUCAACUUACACUCCAAUCACUUGUACAAAAUGGCCUCUUUCGGUUUCGAUUGGAAAAAAUGCGGAAAUCCGUUUCGAGGAAUGGCCUUCAAUGUUCUUGAUUUAUCCACCAGCGGGUUCAACGUGAACACAACUGAACUGUUCUUCAAGGCCAUCCAAGGGACCCCUAUUGCUCAUCUCAUAUUUUCCGGAUUCUUGGGCAAAGGGUUCUCACAUGACAACCUACCAGAUCCAGAUAGGCACACAUUUGAAGGUCUGGCAAACAGUUCAUUAAGUAUUUUCGAUUUGUCAAACAAUCGAAUAUUUGCCUUACAGAGGGCAGUCUUUAGUCGUCUGACAAAUGCAAUAAUAAUUGAUGUGUCGCAAAACAAAAUCAAUCAAAUUAACGACAAAGCCUUCAGUGGUCUCCAGGGGAAUGUAAGAAUGGUGAACCUGUCCUUCAACAUUCUUGGAGAGGUAUAUUCUCACACAUUUAGUAGUCUGACAGAACUUCGAGUUCUGGAUUUGUCUUUUAAUAACAUCGGAGUAUUGGGGGAUCAGGUCUUCAAAGGUCUUCCCAAAUUACGAGCGUUAUAUCUGACAGGAAACUCUUUGAGGAACUUGGGUUUUCCCGCAUCUUUACCAAACCUGGAAUUUCUCCUUCUGGGUGACAAUCGCUUGGUAGAUCUUUAUAAUAUAGAUAAACUCAGUAUAAAUUCAAUCUACGUGGACGUGACAAAUAACCGGUUAACUAACCUGGAGGAUGUUUAUCGCACAUUAACUACUUUUACGCAUCUUCGGAAAUUCUUCUUCGGUGGUAACUUCAUCAAGUGGUGUAGACUCGGUCUAAAUGUCUCGAUGCCUUUUAAUCAUAGCUUACAAGUACUGGAUCUUCAUGAUAGUUCUUUGCAGGUUGUUUGGGCUCAGGACACAUGCCUUGAAGUGUUUCAUCAUCUAAAUAAUCUGGUCGCUCUGAAUUUAAGCUUCAACUCCCUCAUGAGUCUCCCACAAUCCAUUUUCAAUGGUCUUAUUUCUGUCAUAGAGAUUGACCUGUCAUCCAAUGGCUUGACUUAUCUCCAGCCCAAUCUUUUUCCCGACAGCCUUAAAAGACUUGACCUCUCCAGAAACUUUUUGGCCUCCCCGGAUCCCGAGACCUUUAAAUCCCUUUUGUUCCUCAGUCUGAUGGAAAACCGGUUUCACUGUGACUGCAAUCUUGAAGGUUUCUUGAAGUGGAUGAGCGUGACAAAUGUAACCUUCUUUAGUUCGGUCGAAGAAUACCGAUGUGAGUUUCCAGCUGUUCACUACGAUCGUCCACUGCUGAACUACUCCCAGAUUGUCGAGCCAUGUGAGGUCGAUGACGAGCUGGCAGUCCAAGACCUAAAGUUUGCGCUGUUCAUCGUCUCUGUCCUCCUCAUCGUAAUUGUCACCAACUGUGGGAUCGCAUACGCCCGUCUACGAGGGCACAUCUACAUCAUCUACAAAAAGGUUGUCGAUAGGGUUCUUGAAGGUCCUAAAACGUUGCCUGCUUUGGCGGACGUCCAGUUCGAUGCCUACCUCUGCUUCAGCAACACCGACUACAUGUGGGUGGAGGCGGCUUUACUCAAGAAACUGGACAACAAGUUUUCUGAGGAGAACAUCCUGCGCUGUUGUUUUGAGGCCAGAGACUUCCUGCCUGGCGAAGACCAUAUCUCCAACAUCAGAGAUGCCAUCUGGGGCAGUCGCAAGACUGUUUGUGUGGUCUCCAAAGAGUUUCUUAAAGACGGCUGGUGCUUGGAGGCAUUUACUAUGGCGCAGGGCCGCAUGCUGAAUGAGCUGCAAAAUGUUCUCAUCAUGCUGGUGGUUGGAAAGGUGGCGCACUACCAGCUGAUGAAGUACAACGCCAUCAGAGCCUUUGUCCAGAGGAGAGAAUACCUCGUCUGGCCGGAGGACCCUCAGGACCUGGACUGGUUUUACCAGCGCCUCCUUUCACACAUCCUCAAAGAUUCUGCCCUGAACAAGAUGGCUGACGUUCAGCCUCAGAACGACAUUCAACUCGAAAACAUCUAAGCACGAAAAAGAGAAACAAAAACACUAAAAGAUCAGAGAAAAUAAACAAACCAUCUGAGCUGCUUUUAGAUUUUGUCAUGAUCGGUGGUCUGUAUUAUAUUUUUUAUUUUAAAGCUAAGACUCCUUCGGUUCUUGUUUUUUGUGCACCCUUGUUUGUUUUAGUUACCAUGGUUACUUAUAAUUUCCACCUGCUUAUGAUUAGUGUUCACCUGCUCACCUGCUGCCUGAGCACUAAUCAGAGACAUUAUUUAAACAUGCCUUGCCCUCCAGUGAGUGCUGGAGUAUUGUUUGAUGUUUGCCCACUGCCUUUUUUUUUGGAAGCUGAGAGAUAUUCCCUGGAUCCCGACUCCUGUCCCUGCUUGCUGGUUUCUGGUUUGUGUUUUCCUUGCCUUAUUUUUUGAACAUUAAAACCAUGUUUUCAUUUUCCAAGCCUGUCAUCUCUGCAUCUUGGGGUUCGUCACCCACACCACGUGACAGAAUACUCCUGCCAAAUAUGAACCCCACGGAGAUAUCUAUAACGGAGAGGCUUGAAAGAAUGCUGGCAACGAUGGCCGAAUGUAGGAGAUGUUUUGACUCCUUUCAAGCUCCCUCCCACCCAUCCCUGUCGUCUGUGGUCCUCUUUGGGGACGUCUUGGAUCCGUCCCUUGAGGGGGGGUGGCUAGGGCCGGGAGCUCUUCUAGUGGGGUGACUCAGCUGCACCCAACCAGGCAGCAACCUCUGGCCCGGUCACCACCACCAGUCUUUCGGCCUGCCAAGCCGCAACCCCCAGCUAGGCCACCUCCACCUGCAGCUAGACCACCUGCACCAAGUCCAAGUCCAAGGCCAGCCCCAAGUCUAGCACCAAGUCCAAGUCCACGGCUAGCACCAAGUCCAAGGCUAGCACCAAUUCCAAUUCCAGCACCAAUUCCAAGUCCAAGUCCAGCCACAAGUCCAAGCCCAAGGCUAGCACCAAGUCCAAGUCCACGACUUACACCAAGUCUACGGCAAGCGCCAGCCCCACGCCGAGCACCAGCGGCGCCAGUAGCAGCUCCACGCCGCCAAGCGCCUGCCAGUUGCAGCUCCACGCCACCAAGCGCCACCAAGCCAAGACCCGCCAUGCCAAACUUCGCCGCCUGCAGCGAGGACGACGUGCGCAGCUUCCAGGCCUGCUUCGAGGACGACACACCCACCUCCUCGUUGACCACGGAUUUGGCUGUUCCCUGGAUGUUCGCCACGCCAAGUGCGCCCACCUCAGCGCCCAAGGAUGUGGCCGUACACGGGUCGCCCGCCUCGUCAGAUACAGCGGCAUUCUACACGUUGCCGCCACCUGACUCUCCCUCGCUGGUUGCGGGGACACUUGGUCUGGCGACCCACCGCCAAGUCCCCCUUCCGCCCCCACAUGGCUAUUUAUCUUGUUUUUGUUGGUUUUGGACAUCCGUGAACAGUCCUUGAGGGGGGGGUUCUGUCAUGAUCAGUGAUCUGUAUUAUAUGUUUUAUUUUCAAUCUAAGACUCCUUCGGUUCCUGUUUUUUGUGUACCCUUGUUUGUUUUAGUUACCAUGGUUACUUAUUAUUUCCACCUGCUUAUGAUUAGUGUUCACCCGCUCACUUGCUGCCUGAGCACUAAUCAGAGACAUUAUUUAAACCUGCCUUGGCCUCCAGUGAGUGCUGAAAUAUUGUUUGCUGUUUUCUGUGGACUGCCUUUUCUUUUGGAAGCUGAGAGAUAUUCCCUGGAUCCCAACUCCUGUCCUGGUUUGCUGGUUUCUGGUUUGUGUUUUCCUUGCCUUAUUUAUUGAACAU